AAAUAGGUAAACGGAAGCCGAGAGUUAAACAGACAACAGCUAAAUAAAACAACAUGUGUUCUCAAUAUAUAACCACAAAUAAUUUUUAAAUUUCAAUAUCAAGCUAUUUGAAGUGCAAACAUCUUUCUUACAAAUUGCUAGCGAUUCAUUAGUUACAGCAAAUUUUUAUAUAAACUGUGAAGAUUCAUCUUAAAUAUCAAAACUUUGUUUCAACUUAAAUAUUAGAGCUAUGGAUAAUUUUGAGAAGAAAAGAUUAGCAAACGAAAAACGUCUUAAGGCCAUUAAAGAGUGGCAGAAAAAUAGACAUAACAUCAGUGCCAAAACAUCUUCAAAAAAUUUGGAUAUCAAAGUUAACACCACUCAAAACAAGAAAAAAGUAUAUAAUUCUGAUGAAGAGACAACUGAUAACAGUAAUCAACUCAAAUUAUUUGAUUCUGAUGAUGAAAAUGAAGACUUUAGUGACUGCUUUAAAAUUCGGCCCCAGUUUGAAGGAAGGAAUGGACAACGUAUGUUAGAGAUGAGUUCUGAGCUUUCUGAUCGUUUUAAAUUAGAUGAGCGAUUCAAAGAAGAUGAAGAAGAAUCCGUUAAUGAUAAAACUUUUGAUGACUCUGAGAAGGAAAAAAACAUUAGAAUAUUAGAGUCAAUUCUUGGCCAUGAAGUUAGUAAAAAACAUCCAAUUGCUCAAAAUGCAAAAAAGAGAAAAGAAAUUGAGAGAUUUGAUCCAGAUGAUGAAAAUAAUGCCAGUUGUAUAAAAGAAAGUGAAAAUGUUUCAAAGAAACCCAAAGCAAAAAAAAGGAAGUCUGAACCAGAGGUUCCAAUACCUGAAGAGAUACCAAUUUCCACAGAACGCUACAUUGAAGUUACAUCAAAUUUAAAAGAUAUUAUGAAUUCAGCUGGAAGUUUUACCUUUUCAGAAAAAUUUAAUGUAGUGGUUGAUUCAAAGGAAGAUAAGAAUAACGAAGGGAAAAGUAAUGAUCAUGAAAAUUCUACAUUGCGAAAAGAUUUGCCUUUAACUGGAAUAGCACUAAAUAAAAAUGCAAAUAAAAUUACAAUAAAUAAUUGUGAAUUCAACUCUGGUUUCAAAGAUCCAUUUUUCAUUUCAAAAUCAGAUGAAAGACUGAAAGAAGGUAUUGAAUUCUUUACAAGACCCAAACCUCUAGAUCAGAUUAGAGAAGAGUGGACUAAAAAAAGAGAACGUAUUUUGGAUAUUUUCAAAAAGAGGAGGAAAUCAGCUAUAAGAGGUUUUACAAAGCAGCCGAAAAAGCAAAAUCAACGUAAUAAAUCUUCGAAAAAGUAACUGCUGGGAUUAAAAAAAGAAAACACAAAUACGAACUUUAUUAUAAAAAUAUCACCUUCAUGUCUAAUUCUGUUCAAAUAUGUAUGGAAAAAAUCGGGGAAUUGUUGAAAAAUAAACUUUUGCUUCUGCAUGUCUUUGCAAUACACAUUCCUUGAACUUUUCAUCAUAGAUCUGUAAAUAUAUAUUUUAAAUAAAAAUAAUAAAGAUUUGUUUUUAAAAUGA